GGCCGUUUCGAGUCCGUCGUCGUGUAGCUCUCGUCCAUCGUGAUAGACUAGAUCCUUCCUUCCACACCACUAACCCCAACCACCGCCAACGCCACCAAAUCGUCCAUCCGCGCUCUGCUUCCCCUGCGCCGCGAGGGCGGUCUCGCCCCAGAUCCGCCCGAUCGCGCGCGGAUCGAUCCUUCCGCGACCUCCCUCCGGUCCGGCGGGUGGUUUUCUCGGAGAUUCCCACUGGUUGUGGCGGUCGAUUUGUGUCUGCUCGCGUUGCGUGCGGAUCUGGUUUGGGACUGAGGAGAGAAGCGUAUAGGCGAUCGUUUGAGGAGGGACGUCAUUAGUGCGGUUCGAUCUGUUCGUCGGUUCUAGAUCUGGAAGGGCUUAAGCUGUCUCAGUUAGGGAACCUGCACCUCGACCCAUGGCGACGCUCGUCAUCUCGGAGCAACGCGGCCACCAGCUCCACCACUCCUCUGGUCGCCGGAAGAAGGCAUCAUCAGCGUCGCCCCAUUUCUCCUCGCCACAGCCUGUGCGCGGCUUCCAAGCCGGCAACUGCCGCGCCUUCCACUCCGGCAUCACCACCGGCAUCCUGCCGUCCCCUCCCGCGCCAGGGGUGGCACGGACUCGCUCCUCCCCUGAGCCUAAGACGCCGAAGCAGCAGGGGCACCAUGGGAAAAAGCGCAGCAGAGCAAUCUCCAUAAGCCCUUCGACAUCCCCUCCCUCUCGCCCUGAGCUCUGGGCUGGCCCGGGGUUCUCCAACUCACCACCUCCCAGCUCCCUGCCGAUACCCAAGUUCUCCCUCCACCAGAAGCGCAGUGUCUCACUUGAGUUUCCACCUGCUGACCGGUCAGAUGAUGAAGUGCUGCCUGUGCAUGCCAAGUCAGUGCCUUCAUCACCGACUGCAGGCUCAGGUGUUAGCUUCUUUAGUGGUAACGAUGCUGCCAUUGCAACGGAGAAUCUGAGGAGGAUCCUUCACUUGAAAAUUGAGGAUCACUGAAUGAGGGGGUUGGCAGUUCUGUGUACAUAGGUUAACUACAACUAACCCUGGUAGUCUGUAUAUGGUAGCUGAGAAUAGCCACCGUGCAUCUGACGGUGGUUCUUCUUCAACAGUACUGUAGGUGGUUAGCAAGCACAGCUAGAAGGUUAGGCAGUAUGAAACUGCAGUGAAGGUGUGGUGGUGGUGGAGAUUGGUGGAGAUGCAUGAGGUCGCUGCAGUUUACGGGUCACCUUUACAGCUUACCUUGUAGUCACCUUUUAGUAUCCAAUGUUCCUUUUAGGUGUUGGUUUUUUAGGCAUUAGAUAGGUCAUUUGCAUCCUUGGUAACUAUCAUUAGCCAGUAGUGCUAGCCUGCAUAAUCCUUGCUCCUGUAGUUCAUGUCAGGAAGGGCAUGUAGGUUAGUAUUGUUCAAGUUUUAGAUAACUUUAGCUUACAUCAUGCCAUGUUUGUAGUCAUCUGUAGGAUGGCUGCAUCUCAUGAAACUUGCAUUCUGUCUCAAAGUUGCAUCCUCCUGACUCACUCAUCUCCCUUCAUAACAUCUCCUUGUGUUCUGCAAAGCUCGCAAGGAUCUCCCCUCUCAAGCACUUCUGUUUUUUGGAAUGAAGAUGCUGAGAGUUGUUGUUAUGAAGUCCCAACUCAAUGUUCAUUCUCCAUGUGUCUCAACUAACUCUCUUUUUUUUCUCCGGUUCUUUGCAUCCCUUGCAUAUCAAAUUGCAUUCCAUGCCAUCCAAUAUCAAUUUCAUAUCCUUGCUCUCAGAGUUGCAUCUGGUGGUGGCUUUGCCUUCGUCUAGGCAUCUUUGGUACUUCCUUGCCUUUGUUCCUGGAGCAUGCCCAGGAUAUACUCUCCUUCAUAUAUUCUCUUAAAGGACUUCAUAUGUUGGAGAUCUGCAAGUGCUCAAACAGUCAAACCUGUAUAUGGUUUGCCUGUCCAAUGCACUUCAUGGUACCCAUACUUGGAGUCUAGAAUUUAUGAAGUGUCCAUCACUUAAUUAUCUGUUUUCUUCACUGCCCAGUAUUGUGCUAGACUGUUGUUUUUAUGUAAUAUUUGAUGGGCUAGUUGUUUGUGGUACUGUUUUAAUUUUGUUACGCAUAUAUGCCGUCAGUGUAUUUCCAUGUGGAUGCUGUGGCAUUCUGUUGCUUUCUUCUUAACAAAACUUUGUUAUACCAUCAUGAUAAUUUUGGUCCUGUUUCUGUGACUUGUCUGAA